CGUGCUUGCCCCGAGGGAUACGUUCCUGGAACCUGGCUGCCGCCGGCCAAAUUUCUUCCUCAAAAUCCAACUUUGCUGUUGCUUUCGGCGUCGAGAUGAAUUGGAAGCCUGCCUCGCUGGUUCUUAAGCGAGCAGUAUCCACUUCGCCUCUUCUGUAUGAGCGAUUAAAACAAACAGAGAAUGAAAUUGUUCAGAUGUUCAGACUUCCAAAUCUAAUAGAUGCAUCUUCAUCUACUUCAACAAGCCGUGGGGCAUUCAGGAACUCAAGCUCACGGCUACUGGAUCAGAGAUUCCUGAGAAUAUUGAAGAUAUUUAAGUGGGGGCCUGAUGCAGAGAAGGCCUUGGAAGUACUGAUGCUGAAAGUUGAUCAUCGUUUAGUUCGCGAGGUUUUGAAAACAGAUGUUGAGAUUGGUGUGAAGAUACAGUUCUUCAGAUGGGCUGGUAAAAGGAAAAAAUUUGAACAUGAUUGUUCCACCUUCAUGGCCAUGCUUCAUUGCCUUGAACAAGAGGGAUUGGUAGGGGAGAUGUGGAGAACAAUCCAAGACAUGGUAAAAAGCGAUUGCAUCGUCACCCCUCCAGUGCUAUCUGAACUUAUCAGAGUUCUCUGUAAAGCAAAAAUGGUCAACAAGGCUUGCACUAUCUUUUAUCAAAUCAAAGCUCGAAAAUGCAGGCCAACUUCGAGUGUUUACAACACCAUGAUCCUAAUGUUGAUGCAGGAGGGACAUCAUGAGAAGGUGCAUGAGCUUUACAGCGAAAUGUGUGAUGAUGGAAACUGUUUCCCCGAUUCUGUGACUUACAGUGCGCUCAUUUCCACCUUCUGCAAAUUGGGACGAGGUGAUUCUGCAACAAGGUUGUUUGAGGAAAUGAAGGAGAACAAAAUGCAACCCACGCCAAAGAUUUAUACCACCUUAAUAGCCAUGUUUUUCCAUUCAAAGAAUGCUGACAAGGCUCUCGGUUUGUUUCAUGAAAUGAAGAAGCUUUGCUGUAAACCCAAUGUGUUCACCUAUACUGAAUUGAUUAAAGGACUUGGUAAAAUGGGAAGAGUACAAGAUGCUUACCAUUAUUUUCUUGAAAUGCAAAAAGAAAAUUGCAAGCCAGAUACAGUGCUGUUCAAUAAUCUGUUAAACAUUCUAAGCAAAGCUGGUCGUUUUGAUGAUGUGCUGAAGCUAUUUGGUCAAAUGGAGUCCCUUCAGUGUGUUCCAAAUGUGGUCACAUACAAUACAAUUAUCAAAACUCUUUUUGAUUCAAAAUCUAGAGCAUCAGAGGUCGCCGCUUGGUUUGAGAAGAUGAAGGAGCGAGGGAUCGCUCCGAGUACUUUCACUUACUCCAUUCUCAUUGAUGGUUUCUGCAAGACCAAUCGAGUAGAGAAAGCAUUGAUUCUUCUCGAAGAAAUGGAUGAGAAAGGCUUUCCUCCAUGCCCAGCAGCCUAUUGCAGUCUAAUUGAUGCUCUUGGUAAAGCUGGGAGGUAUGAGGCUGCUUGUGAGUUAUUUCAGGAACUAAAAGAAAAUUGCGGUUCUUCCUCUGCUCGUUUAUAUGCGGUUAUGAUCAAGCAUUUCGGCCGAUGUGGACGCAUAAAUGACGCCAUUGAUCUUUUUGAGGAAAUGAAGAAACUUUCUUGUACUCCAGAUACUUAUGCCUAUAAUGCUCUUAUGUCUGGGAUGGUAAGGGCCGGCAUGGUAGAUGAAGCCCAGUCGUUGUUUCGGACGAUGCAAGAAGAAGGCUGUAAACCAGAUAUAAAUUCUCACAAUAUCAUCUUAAAUGGAUUGGCGAAGGUUGGUGGCCCGAAGUUGGCCAUGGAGAUGCUUAAGAAUAUGAAGCAGUCUGAAUAUAAACCAGAUGCUGUCUCGUACAACACUGUUCUUGGAUCUCUUAGUCAUGCAGGGAUGUUUGAGGAGGCAGCUAAACUGAUGAAGGAGAUGAGUGUGAUGGGAUUUGAGUAUGAUGCUAUUACAUACUCUUCAAUCCUUGAGGCCAUUGGAAAAGUUGAUGAUGAACCUGCAGAGUCUGUUCGUUGAGGUCCUGCUCUGAAUGAGCUUUCCUUGUAUUUCACAACCAUUCUUUUGUCUAUCAGUGUAGUAAAUAUGAUAAUAUCUCACCUGGAACAGCUCCACUUCAACUUUUGUAGCUAUGGAAUUCACAGAUUUUAGCUAAAUGCUUUCAACCAAGACCUUCAUAAACUCUCCUUGAUAGCGUGGAAGAAAGCGUCUGAUUCAUU